AUGAAGCGCACAAUGCGACCUGAUAGUGAUAGCGCAGCCCAGAAACGACGUCGUCAACCCCAAGUUUCGUGUGACUCGUGCCGCAAGAAGAAGCUCAACCAUGCGCCAAGGUUGAGCGAGAAUGCCGACGGCUCUAUCCUGAGUCGGCUCCGCAAUCUAGAGCACGCUGUGUUCGGGCCAGUGUCUUCUGCCGGCACAGAAUUUUCCAUGCAGCAGCUUGCGGACACUGUCGGACCUGAAAGGAUAGAGCGGUCAAAACCAUCCCGACGCCGAAGUCUGGGUUUAUCAACACGCCAUCCUCAUCUACGGAGGUUCAUGGAUAACGAACGGCAGCAGACCGCGAAGUUUCUCGAUUCAACAUUCACGCGAAAUAGUCUAAACGUCACUCUACCAUUUGAAAAGGUGGACUAUCACGUUACCAAUGUCUGUCACUUUCCCAAGACACCCGCAAGCACAACCUCCGGCCUUACACCCUCCAUUGAUUCAGAAGGACGAUUAUCGACCUGGUUGAUGACCCAAGAAGAGGCGUUGCUGCUACUACAAGACUUCCUCGACAAUCCGUUUCAUCUCCUUCCCAUACUUCAUCCAACAGCAGCCAGGUCCAUGAUCGUCAACUUCUAUUGCACCUUAUCUCGCGGAGGUGAACCAAAUCCAGCACACGCUGCACUGAUUCUAGGAAUCGCAGCAACGAGUGCUUUCUUCUUCACCGAGGGGUCCAAAGCCAACGGGACCUUCGAGUCUUUGGAAGAAGCUACGCACACCGCCAUAGCUUGGUUCAGAUCUUCUCUCAACAUACUAGAAAAAUCACAUGCCAAUACUUGGGUCUGUCUGGAAGAGGUACAAGCACGUUCGGUCCUCGCUUAUCUUGUCUACAAUAUGGAAGGCUGCUCAGCUAGGUUUAGAUUCCUUCAUGGCUGUUCGUUGUCGUCCGCUCGAGAAAUGAGCCUGCACCUAAUCGACAGCCCUGGCUCGGAACAGCGGGACGACGAGUCUGCAAAGGAAAUCAAGAGAAGGGUAUGGUGGCAUAUUACUGCUACAGACUGGAUGCUGGGUCUCAUGGGAGGGCCCACGGAUGGGACGUACAACGUUCAGCCGCGACAAAUGAAUGUUAAUGAGCCUCGGAACAUCAAUGAUGACGAGGCGAGCCUCUCGAAUAAGGCCAUUAGCAUGCCUUCAGAUACUGCGACAACGAUGAGCUGUUUCAUCCGGCGCAUCCAACUCGCUGGUAUUUCUCGUUCUGUCAUCGAUGCCAGAACACCAGGAGUUCCAGAUGCUGAAAUAACGGACUACGAACAUGUAAUCGAGUUAGAUCGUCUGUUUGCAGAUGCUAUUGCCGACUUCCCCCCAUUCCUCCGUCCCGAUGGGCCCAUUCCAGAGACCGCGCCGCCCUAUCUAUCGCUGCAGAGAGAUGUUGUUCUCCUCGGUUUCCUCUCGCGACGCGCUCGAUUACACCGACCAUUCUUGCUCCAUGACAAACAAGAUGCCCAAUACCAGUCAUCGCGAGAGAUAUGUCUGAGCUCAGCCCGGACUGUCCUCGCAAUCGCCACACGUCUACUAAAGGUUUCACAGAUUAGAGAGCCAGUGCAAACCUUUAGCUCGCGAGCAAUCGGUUGCCGUCUAGGCUGUGUUAUCGGUCAUAUGUUCAUGGCGUGUACAAUAUUGGCACUUCACUCAGGAGGCGUCUCAAGUCGUGAGGGCUUAGCAGACGGCAAAGAGUCAUGGUUAGUAUCUGAUGCAUCAGCAGAGCUGCAUGCCGAGGUUGUACAAGCUUGCCGUGCUUUGGCAUUGGCCGGAAAAGAAUCGGUGAUUGCUGCGCAGCUUGUUCAGAACCUGACGGGCGUUUUGCGUCGCUAUCGUGUCCAGGGGAUGGAUGACGCUGUCCCAUCAGAGGUAGAAGAUGACAGAGAGUCUGUCGACGCAGGACUCUCGACUGACGAUCCCGAAGCGGUUGCAACGGCCGGACUGAGGACUGUUUAUGAUGAUGGUGGCAGUGCUGAGAAAUCUAGUUUGGCUGGAGAAGACGUCCUCGGUCUUGACAGCCUAUGGAACGAUCUCCUUGGAGACGCCAACACAUUUGGAUGGGAUCAACUUUUUGCAGGACUCGACUCCUAUUGCGGCCCGACCUAG